CCCCGCCCACUCGCCGUUAGUUGGCAGCUAAGCUCGCAGUUGGUUGGCUGGCAAUUAGGGGGCGGGGCUGUCCUAGAGAUCCUGAUGAAAGUGACACGCCUCCCUCUGCGCGGCUUAGCUCCGGGUUACUGAAGGAUAAGGGAGACGCAGCCCCGUACAGUCCCCGGCGCAACGAAGACGGCUCUGUGCACACCCGGUGUAUGUGCGGCAAUAACAUGUCCGCACCUCUGCCAGCCAUAGUGCCCGCCGCCCGCAAGGCCACGGCCGCGGUUAUAUUCCUGCACGGUUUAGGAGAUACUGGGCAUGGCUGGGCAGAAGCUAUGGCAAGCAUCAGAAGUCCCCACGUGAAGUAUAUCUGUCCACAUGCGCCCAUCAUGCCAGUUUCGUUGAACAUGAACAUGGCAAUGCCCUCAUGGUUUGACAUAAUUGGAUUGUCUCCUGAUGCACAGGAAGAUGAUGCUGGCAUCAAGCAGGCUGCGGAGAAUAUUAAAGUGCUAAUAGAUCAAGAAGUGAAAAAUGGGAUACCAUCAAACAGAAUCAUCUUGGGAGGAUUCUCUCAGGGAGGAGCCCUGUCGCUGUACACCGCUCUAACAACAACCCAGAAGUUAGCAGGUGUUGUUGCUCUAAGCUGUUGGCUGCCGCUAAGAACCUCCUUUCCUCAGGCUGCUGCUAAUAGUGCCAACAAAGAAGUACCUGUUCUUCAAUGCCACGGGGAAAGUGAUCCACUAGUUCCUCUUAUGUUUGGUGCUAUGACUUCAGAGAAACUGAAAACUGUAAUAAACCCAGCGAAUAUCAAUUUCAGGACCUACCAAGGCUUGGCACACAGCUCGUGCAACCAGGAAAUGACAGACAUUAAGCAAUUCAUUGAGAAGCAGCUACCUCCCUGUUAACGGAGACUGAUGCCUUCUGGGAUAAUACACCAGCAGCAGACACUAUGCUCUUUUUAAUGUCAAAAGUAAAAAAAAAUUAAUGUUUUUCAGAAGCUGCACAGUCACAUUGGGGUCAGGGAAAUCAACCAAAUAAGGGGUGGGUAGAUUUAAUAUUUGGUAAAAUAAAAAACAGGAUAUUUUAAGCCCAUAUAAGAUGCAGUCAAUAUAACAUUUAGGAAACUGAUUGCUCUAUUACUUAGAGGUGUAAGGGCUAUAUAAGUUGUAUAACCAAUGUUGUGUUCACAUCAGAGAAUCACUAUUAGCAUUGGAAGGUCUUCUCCACUGAUAUGCAGUAUGCCACUUAUCCUUGUUUCCAUUUCAUCCUAUUGAUUGACAGUACUGAACCUUUUUAUCUUUUUAUUUGGGUUUAAACCCUUGUAACUUCCUAGAAUAAAGUCCUAUGUAGCUGCUAACCACUUACUGCACACAUCACAUUUCCUCUGUCUGACGUUCGCUGGCUUCUUACAUUUUGUGUAAGAACAAGAAACCCUGAGCUGGCUGAGAUAUGGGGAACAGUACUGUAUGAGCACAAUGUUAUUUCAGCUCUGUUCAUUCUAUAUUGUAAGUUUUUGAUGUAAGUUUAACAAUUUUGGUACUGUUUGAGAAAAUGGAAAAGAUGUUGAAGGACCACUAUGUCUUCAUGUCAUUUACACAAUGUCAGUUGUCUGUAUAGGCUUUACAGUGCAUAGGUGGAAUUAGUUAUUGAAUCAUUUAUUCAGAAAUCAUAUUAUGCUGCCAUAUAGUAAGGAAUGGUAUAAAGGAAAAUUAUUUUAAAACAUUACAUACCCAAUUUGCCACCUGCACGCGCCCCCAUUCCUUAGUCUACUUUUUUUUUUUUUUUAAAUGCCUUCUAACCUAAGCUUAGAAGGAAAACAUAAUUUUAUAACUUUUCAAACUACAAUCAGCUAGACCGACAGGGAGAUAAAUCUAUACCGAUCUGCCCAUGUCUGUAGCGAGCCUGACCAAUUCCCACUUUUAUUUAAGGUAUUUACAUCCUUCUACUAUUUAAAUGCAAUUAACAUGUUAAAUUGUUUGGUUUAAUAUUUUGGCUGGAUUUUUAUUAGAGGGAAGGUUCCCAUUUGGAACUUAAUUCAAAUAACUACAAUGAGUGUCUCCCUUGCCUUUUGAGGACAGCUCAUUCAUUUUCAUUAUAAUUCUGUGCUUCUUUUAUUUCUCCUGGGGUGACAAGGGAAUACUCUUGCUGCCAAGUUCCCCCACAAAUUACAAUUGAUAAUAGGGGGUCGAGCAUCUUGGAAUUCUAAGAAGAGCACAGUCAAUAGCAGCUGACCCCUUUUAUGUCACUGUUAUCUCCAAAGUACAAAGGACCCAGCUGAAUUUUAUUUUAUUUUUAAUUGCUGAAUAAAACAGAAUGUACCUCAAGAACAGUGCAAGAUAAAUGAAAAUUUACCAAGCUACUUGACAUUUUAUGCAGAAUUUUCCAUAAAAGGUGAAUGAUCCGUGAAUCAUACGGGUAUCUGUACUAUACACUGUGAUGCUUUGACCUGAUGGCUUCAAGCUCAUUUGUUAAGAGACACAUGGUGGAAAAAAAGUAUUGGAUCAUGACAACAUUUCUAACAGGAUUUUUUGUUAUCUAAAGAGAAUAAAUUCCUGCAAAGCAGCAACAUUUAUCACUGGCAUAUUAUUAAAGGGAACCAGUCAUAGAAACACAGAAUGUGUCGGCAGAUAAGAACCAUUUGGCCCAUCUAGUCUGCCCAAUAAUCUGAAUCCUAUCAAUAGUCCCUGGCCCUAUCUUAUAUGAAGGAUAGCCUUAUGCUUAUCCCAUGCAUGUUUAAACUCCUUCACUGUAUUUGCAGCGACCACUUCUGCAGGAAGGCUAUUCCAUGCAUCCACUACUCUCUCAGUAAAGUAAUACUUCCUGAUAUUACUGCAUAAACCUUUGCCCCUCUAAUUUAUAACUAUGUCCUCUUGUGGUAGUUUUUCUUCUUUUCAAUAUGCUCUCCUCCUUUACCGUGUUGAUUCCCUUUAUGUAUUCAGUUUAGUUUAAUCAGUUUAUCAGUUUAAUGCUGCCUAAACCACAGACAGCAUGAAACCCUGACUGGUUCCCUCUUGUACAAUUAUGCAGGAUUCACUCUGCAGCAUUUUAGAGGAAUCAUAUUGCCAGCAACAGGUUAUCAGGGCAGUCCCUGGCAUCUUCCUCCUGCCGCCCCUGAUCAAUUGUUCUUUUCCUGUAUCCAGAUAGGUAGGAAUCGAUCAGGGCACGGAGAAGCUGUCUUGGACUGCCCCAAUGACUUGUAGCCCUGUUGCUGGUAGUUUUUAAAAGUAUAGUUCCUCUGAAAUGCAGCAUUUUACAGUAAAUUAAAUUGUACUGAGGGAACUUGUCAGUACCUUGUGAGCAGUAUGAAACUGAUAUGUUUCCUCUGAUGUGCAUCUACAACUAGCAGCAUGGCUUACUUAUGGCAUUUCCUUAUAUCUGAUAAAGGUAUGGGUAGGUCACAGUUUCCGGAUUUAUAAAUUGGACCCCUAGGGCAUCCAAGAUUAUACAUUGUAUGGGGAAAUGGAAGAGGUGCUCUGUAUGAAAGAGUUGUAUCUGUUCCAAACCAUUUAUGCAAGUAGAGUAUUAGAGGGGAAAAUAAAUAAAUCAGUCAGUUGAUGGUAUUACAAGUUCCGGAGGCUCGUGACGUCACGUCCAUGCCCCCUCAGUGCAAGUCUAUGGGAGGUGUGAUGGCCGUCAUGCCCCCUCCCAUAGACUUGCAUUGAGGGGGCAUGGCCAUGACAUCACGAGCCUCCGCCCUGCAUUGCCAGUCAUCCGGCACGGAGCGAAGUUUGCUCCCUGCACUGGUUGUCUGGGGUGCUGCAGCCGAGAUUUCAGGGGUCCCCAGCAGCUUAACCCCCCCCACCAUCAGACAGCUUAUCCCCUAUCCUUUGGAUAGGGGGUAAGAUAUCUAGGGGCAGAUUACCCCUUUAAGGUAGCCAUACACGUUAGAUAAAUUUCUCAGACAUUACAUCAUUCCUCGGACACAGCCAUACACCUAGAAGUCCAAAUUGAGCGUGAAAGUUGUUUAAACUGGCCUUGCAUGAUCAAUGAAGUCUGAAAAUGGAUGAACAAUCUUUCUAGGAACCUUCUGAGAAUAUUCUUUCCCAAAAGAUUGAUUCUUCAUUCACGAACAUUAAAAAAAACAAACUCUUUCUCAUCUGACAAGAAGUCUGUUGUAACUUUUACCAGACGAUUGGUCGUUUUGGUUGAAAUCCUUUUGCUUUCAUCAGCUUUGAUCUGAUGUAUAUGGGCACCUUUAGACUCAACAUUUGCAUUAUUAUAUUCUCACUACUUUAGCCAAGCUGGCAGAUUGAAUUUCUUUGACAGUCUCUGACCAGUCACACAUUUCAGAUAAACUUGUCUGUUUAUAGCACAUAUACUUGUUUCAGCUCUCUUCCGACUGACUUUGUUGAAACAAUAAUACUGCUUUAAUCUAAAACUGAGUGGAAGGUGUCAGAACACAGUGUCGAAAUGCUGUGUAGGAUAAAGAUUCCUGUAUAUACAUUACUCUACAUACUGGUAAAUCCAACAAACUCAACUAUACAACUCACUAAGAUGGUACGGUCCAUUAAGGUCUGCAUAGUCUUGUUUCUGGGGAUUUGAGUAUAGUUGUUUAUCCAGACUUCAGUGUUCUUAUUACCUGUUACAUUAAGUCAGUAAACAGUAUAGAAUUUAUAUUUUGGUGUACAUGGCUGCCAAGAAACCUUGCAGCUGAACGGACACCAUCACAUCACCUACCAAUGUUAGUGGAGAACAAAGUUCCAGCUUUUGGUCCUCCAAAAUGAGAGCUGGAAUCUGAAUGCCAUCAAAUAUCCCCAUAAGACCUCAGAACUGUAUUGCAUUAGUUGUUGUAUAGCAGGGGUCUGUCUUUUUAACAUGUGAACAGUCAAUGUAAACUUUCAGUCAGAAAUUCAGAUUAUUUUCCCUCCUUGAAUGUAAACCACAAAGUCAAUAUGCAUAUUUAUUAAGGUAUAGAAAUGAAAAGGGUUCUAGGUUUUUCUUAAUUUUUCUGACAGGCUGCAAGUGCAUAUGGUUUUUUAUAUUUUUAAGUAUGUCAUCAAUGUUCCAAGACUAGCAAUUUCCUUAAGCCAUAUGUUUUUUAUAUCUAAAAUUUACAUAUUCCAAGUAUAAUCUCCAGAUUUCUUUCCGACUUUUCUGUUUUAUUCUUUUAAAUAUGAAAGAAUAUGGUGUCUAUAUUCUCUAUCAAGAUGCAGUUAUUUAUGGUAGGACGAUAUAUAUUAAUCUGUUGGAAGACUGGAUAGUAGUUCUGGGUGAGAAAGCUAAUGUAGAUUGGAUGCGGUUAUUCUAUUGUGUUAAGAAUGUUUUAAAUUGCCUGUCUUUUUUUUUUUUUUUUUUUUUUUUUCUAAAACAAAUGUGAACUGGCUUACUCUAAGGCUUUUAUAUGAUCAACCUAAUUGUGAGAAUAAAUAACUCUUAAAGUAAGUUGUCAUCUUUUUGCGGUUAAUUUGCCUUUCUCUCUCUGCAUGAUCAUCUGGUGCCAUGUACCUUGAGGCCAUUUUCAUGUCUUCCAUACCACAUUCAGG